ACAACCACCUGUAUUGUUUGUCUUUGUAUAUAUACUUGCUCACAUUUUUAUUUUCUGAAAUAGAUUGUAUACACAUACAAAUAUAAGUAAAUUAACAAAUCACAUGUUGACCACUAAGUCAUGAGAGUAAUUACAAUGUUGACUUAAACUAUAAUUUCAGUUCUAGAGAGAGAAAGAAGAAGAGGAGAGAGAAGGGGAGAAAGAAGACGCCAUUGAAUUAUGGAAAAGAGGGAUGAACAGAACUUUUGCAACACCUGUUCAACAUUCACCUUCCACUCGUCUCCUCCUUCUUGGUUCCAUUUUUUAACUUAACCUCUCUUGAAACUCUGGUUGAGUUUUACUAUAAUCAACGUUCAUUUAGUGUCACAAGAUCUCGCUUCGAACUUUGCUAUAUCAUCAUAAUCUUUUUCACAAUCCUUUUAAAUCCCCUCCUCCAAAACCCUAGAUCAUGAAUGUGAGUUAUACAAAUGUCACCCCUUACCAUAAAUAGUAGUUCAAAGAAAAAAAAAUAAACAAAAGCUUCUUGUUUAGACAAACCAAAUCUCUGAUUGCCCAGCGUCCAUUAUAAGCCACUGUUUUGAUCUGCACAACACACACAAAAAGUCUCUCUCUCUUCUCUCUUCUCUCUAUCUCUAUCACUGAAACCCAAAGCCAUCCACCAUUUGUUCUUUUUUCCUUCACACACUGUUUCCACACUUCCUUUUUACUAGGCAACCAAUUGAGUUAAAGAUGAUGAUGGAUGAAGUUCAUGAUGAGGAAACCAAAGCAUCUGCUUUAAUGGCAAGUGUCCAUCAUCGUCCAGGGUUUGGAUCCGGGUCUGGCCAUGUUCAUGGGUUAUCGGCGUCUGUGCCUCUUCUGGGUGUUAACUGGAAGAGGAGAAGGAUGCCCAGACAGAGACGAUCUUCUUCUUCCUUUAACCUUCUCUCUUUUCCUACUUUGCCUCCUUCUUCCUCCCACGUGCCAACUCCUCUUCCCGCACGUAAAAUAGACACAAGAAGGCUAAAAUUUCUCUUCCAAAAGGAACUGAAGAACAGUGACGUCAGUUCUCUCCGCCGAAUGAUACUCCCCAAGAAAGCUGCGGAGGCUCACUUGCCGGCCUUGGAAUCCAAGGAAGGGAUACCUAUAAAAAUGGAAGAUUUGGAUGGUCUUCACGUUUGGACCUUCAAGUACAGGUACUGGCCAAAUAACAAUAGCAGAAUGUACGUGCUAGAAAACACAGGGGACUUUGUGAAUGCUCAUGGUUUACAGCAAGGUGACUUCAUCAUGGUGUACCAAAACUUCUACCCUAACAAUUACGUGAUACAAGCAAGAAAGGCAUCAGAAGAAGAAAACUUAACAGAGAUUGAAGAAGACGACGUUUACACUGACUUAACAAAGAUUGAAAACACUGUGGUUAACGAUCUUCUCAUCCAAGAUAAUAAUCAUCAUUACAACAGCGACAACGGAAAAUGUUCUUACUAUUAUCCCAUCAUCGACGACGUCACCGCCACAGCCACUACCGCGUCUUUCGUCUACGACACGACGGCUCUAACCUCCAACGAUACGCCUCUCGAUUUUUUGGGUGGACUCACGAUGAGAACUAAUAAUUAUUACUCCAAGGUUGGAUCUUUAGAGGGUUUUGGCUCAGUCGAGAAUAUCUCUCUCGAUGACUUCUAGAAAAUCGGAUCGAGCUAUGGGCUCAUGAUGAAUAUUCUUGAUGGUGAUCAACUUUUUCUUUUACAAGAUAUAUAUAAAAAUGCAGUGAACAAAAAGGUGUUUUAUAUUACAGUAUGACGAGCAUAGGAGCCGUGGAAGUGUUUUGUACUUGAUGAAUAAUGUAACUAUGUCUAUGUGUCGCGGCUUUAAGUUAUUAAUCCUUGCCCGAUAUGAAAAGCAAAACACAGUUUUCAUUUUGGGAAAUUUGUUGUUUCUUUUUGUAAAAGCAAACCAAUUUCGUUAUAUAUAUGAACUUGUCUUUUGAAA